AUGUUAAAACACAGGCGUAUAGAAUACCAGCAAGGUUUCAGCACCACCGCUCACCUCGGUCUUCUACUUCCUUCAAUAGCUACAAUUCCAUUGCGAAUAACAGAAAUUGAUUGCUCCCUCCGUCUUUCUCUCGAUUCCUCCUCUGAUGCCGAUAUUCUUCUUCAUCUCUUUGCUGCCGCUCUCUCCUCUUUUGUGGCUGCGAACGACGAACACAACAGCCGUCCGCUCAACUCCUCUGAUUCAUUUGUUUCAGAUUUCAUUGCAAUUGGAUCGCCGGAGGUGACGUUAUGGAUUCAUAAUGAUGAUUGA